GCACGUCAAAUCGCCCCGCCCUCGGCCCUCCUCCCGUUUCGUCUCGCUCGCGUCGUUACCUCGCAUCAUUGCCGGCGGCGAUCAUUGCACGUCGCCGUCCUUCUCCAGACACCGCGCGUCCACUCUACUACAUCUUGGAGCCCAUCAUCUCCCCCUCGCUCGCAGCCAGCCUAGUGCCGUUAUCUCCUCACACCCGUGGUCAGCGCGCGUCCUGUCUGUCACCCGUGGUCCUCGUCGUGGCCAAGAGGGAGCUUAGAUAUGAGCGCCAGCAGGUGCGUCAAGCUCCUGCUGCUGGUGACGCUGCUCCCGCUGGCGCUCAGGGCCGCCUCGCUGCUCCUCGCAGGCCACGCCGUGCCGGCGUCGUCGUCGUCCCACCGGCACUCCUCGAUCAGGAGCAGCGCCACCGGCGACGCUCCCACCACCGCCUCGGCUGCUGGUUCGGCGCGCGGCCGGCCGAUUCGCCAGCCGCGGCACCGGCGGAGGACCGAGGGCGCCCUCGCCGCCCUCAACGGCGCGAGGCGGCUCCGGCAGGCCGACGCCGACGGCGGCGGCGUGUGGUUCGAGGACGACAAGAGGCUGGCGCCCACGGGGUCCAACCCGCUGCACAACCUUCGAUGACGCCGGCCGGUCGGCCGGGGAUGCCGUCGCCCGUCGCUUACUCGCUUCUCUCGGCUCGUGGAUGAAUCUUAUUGCGGGAGGGCAGGAAUGGCGACCAGAUUUUGCUCCCGGUAACGCCUACGAUCUCAGUCCGUGAUUAUUUCUUUGAUCGAUACCAGCGUGCAUACUUACUCUUGAGGCUCCUCCAUGUACAUACGACUUUGAAUACUUGAAUUGAAUUGGUGUGAAGAAAUCUUUUGCGUUCUGCAUUUC